AUGUUGAGCCGGCCAACGCGUCGCUGCCUGCUCACGGCAGUGUCCUCCGUGCCGAGCACCACUGCCGCCACCUCUUUGGGCGGCGUGUCGCAUGAGUCGGAUGCGUCGGCGGUGAGGCGGUCGACUUUUGUCCGACCAGGGCUGGAGGGGCUGCGCAUCGCUGCGUACGCGCCUACUGAGCCAGGCGUGCCGUCGUCGCGGCGCCGGCUUCCCGUGGCCAUUGGUCACGUCGUCUCGCAGCUGUCGUCCCUUGUGUUCGCAGUAGACUUCGAUGAAAGCCCACCACCGCCCUCCGUGUCGCUAGGAUCGCGCGUCUACUUGGCCUACGAGCGGGAGGAUGUGGACCCGACCUCGCAGCAGGGCGAUGGAGGCGUGGGCGGUGCGCCGAGUCGCGUCUUCCUGGUGGGCGGCCUCGUCGUGCGAGUGAACCCUAAUGGCACCUUGAGUGUCCUGCUGGACCACAACAAGGUGGAUCUGGCGGUCCCACCGGAAAAGAUAGCUGUGUCGGAGGGCGUGUGCAAAUUCCUCAAUCACCACAAGUACCUGCGGGUUGUGGAGUGGGUGCGCUCUGCCGGGCUCUCGGAGACGGACGACGUGGAGAGCACCGCGUGCAUCCUGUACCACCGCGGCUGGCGGGCGGAGCGUCUGUACUUGCUCGAGGCUUCUGACAUCCGCAGCAUGGCGCACCUGUCCCAGUGCGCCCGCAUGUCGCUCAUGGAGAAAGCAGGGUGGCAGCGUGAUCACCACCGUCAGAUGCGCAACAUUCACAGGGAGCGUGUGAAGGAGCGGGACCGACGGUACAUGUCUGCCAAGUACGCCGGCAUCCUCUCCGCCAGCGUCGCCUUCUGCGGCGCCUUCUCGCUCUUCGGGUGGAACUACAGGAACUACCUGACGCACCAGCGCUCCUACCAGAUGCGCUUUGCGGUGAAAACGCUCUGCAAGAAGGUGCCUCCAGGAAGCGCAACCACCAUCGGCGCGCCGCCAGCAGCGACGGAUGCGGAGACAUCGUCGUCGUCCUCGGCACACCACCUGUCGAAGCACGUUCGCCGGGUAGUGCAAGAGCGAUAG